AUGGCAGAGCUAAGCUCAACCUCAGUGAAACUAGUUGAGGUCUGCAGGGUAGCUCCACAACCACAACCAGAUGUUGCAGAGUUUUCUCUUCCCCAAACCUUCUUCGACCUCCUAUGGCUAAGCCUCACCCUCCAACACUUUCUACCUCUGGCAGGAAACAUCACUUGGCCCCAAGAUUCCCACAAACCCGUUCUCAGUUAUGUCCAAGGCGACGCCGUUUCGCUCACCACAGCCCAUUCUGAUGCUGAUUUCCACCGUCUUUCAAGCAACGACUUCAACAUUGAAGCCAAAGAAUACCAUCCUCUUGUACCCCGAUUGGCAAUAUCUCGUGAAAAAGCUGCUGUGAUGGCUUUUCAAAUCACUCUCUUUCCCAACAGCAGCGGCUUCUCCAUUGGAAUUUCCAUGCACCAUGCAGCUCUUGAUGGCAAAACUUUGUUCAUGUUUCUGAAAUCAUGGGCCCACUUAUGCAAACAUGAACCUGAUACUUUGUUGCCUGAUCAGCUGAAACCAUUUUAUGACAGAAGGGUCUUCAUCCAUGACCCAGCUGGGCUCGAGCUCUAA